CGCCUUUUUUUUAAAAAAAAUGCGACUCAUUUCUUCAACAUGAAUUACUUCUAUUUUUUUAUUGCUUUCUCUUCUACUAGUCCAAUUUGUAAAUCAGAUGAUGUGACUAUCUAUAAUCAUUGUAAUAGACCUGGUGUAGUUGUUUUGACAUUUGAUGAUGGUCCAGACAUAUACACUUAUCAGGCGGCAAAAUACAUUUACGAAAAAGGUGCAAUUUUUACCUUCUUUACUAAUGGAAAUAUUUUUGUGUAAGUGUGGUGAAUAUAAAAUCUUUGUUACAUAUAAACUCUGUAGAGUGAAUAUAAUGCGUCCACCACUAGGUGAAAAUAGACGAAUAUUCAAGUUCUGUCUUGACAGAAUUAGGUUAUAAAAUAGUUUUAACAGAUAUCGAUACAGAAGAUUGGAUAGCUGAUGGUUUCACUACUCAACAAGAAAAUGUUCAUAGCAUUGUAGACAAUCAUAUUCCUGGUGUAACUCCUGGCCAUAUUGUUAUUGCACAUGAUAUUUUUGAAAGUACUGUAAAUGACUUGAUACAUUGGUUAGUUCAUUAUUUUUCAAGAAAAAGGUUAUGAGAAUUUGUUACUGUUGCUGAUUGCCUUGGUCACCCUGCCUAUGUUUAAC